AUGUCUGCUCCCAACAUCCACACCACCCGUCAGGACCUUGCCAAGGAGGAGUCCCGCGUUGCCCACCAGCACGGUGGUAAAGUACCUGCUGAUUCCGAUGUGUCCCAGAUGAAGUCCAUCAUCGACCAGGGCACCAACAAAGGCGAACAGAUUGAGAAGACCCAGGCCAACCUUCCUUUGCCUGACAAGCCCCCAGUCGCCAGUGACUGGAACUCAGCGGACCAGCGCACCGUCAACGUCGGCUCCGGCCGUUUGGAGGAGCCCAUCUCUGGCGAUGGCGACAGCGCUCUGCGCGGCCCUGCGACUGCGUCUAGCAGUGCGCGCGUCGAUGGCAAGGAGCUUCAUGUGCCUACUGCUCCUCACGGCAACGUUGGCCGCCAGGGCAAGGAAGGCCUCGACCAUCUUCCUUCCGAUGCCACUUCUCGAUAA